AUGCUUGGAGGGCUCCUCUUCUCCUUCUGGAGAAUCGUGGAGAUAGUGACGUUGAUCCCCAUCAUUGGGAUGUUGGCAUGGUUUGUUGAUGGGUUCGAUGACAACAAUCAACUCACCCCGUCCUUCAUUCUCGUCCUUUUCAUCGUCUCCAUCCUCGCCUGCGCAUGGGCACUUGCGACCCUGAUCCGCCUCGGCUCCACCCGACGCUCCGCCCUCUUUGUGGCUUUCAUCGACCUUUGCUUCGUCGGCGCCUUCAUUGCAGCUGACUACUAUCUCCGGGGCAUUAGCGACGCCCAUUGUUCAAACUUCAGCACCGGGUCCAUUUAUGUUGACCUCGGUCCCUUUGGAUAUUAUGGAAGAAGCAGUGGAUCGAAAUGGGCGAUCAACAUCAACAAGAACUGUGCUAUGUUGAAGGCCUCUUGGGCUCUGGGCAUCAUGAAUACAGUUCUCUUCUUCAUCACAUUCAUCUUGGCUUUGUUUCUCCAUCGACAUCAACAGGCGGUUGUGGUGAAGGAAGUCAGAAGAUCCAGGCACAGCAGCCGGAGAGGUCAUUCUCGGUCGGGGUCGAGGAGAAGCUCCAGUCGUCGCCGAUAUUAUGUCUAG